AUGAGAUUCUCCCUCGCCGCUCUUGUCGCCUUCUCGGCUUUGGCCACCGCCAUCCCCCUCGCCAGUCCCGGCAGCGCCGCGUCCCUGGAGGAGAAGCGCCAGGCCACCGGGUUCUGCGCUCCCGCCUGGCUCUGCGGGACCUCCGAGAAGAAGCGCGCGGAGGUCCCCAAAGUUCGAUCCGUGGAGGAGAAGCGCCAAGCGCCAACUGGAUCCGUAGACGAGAAGCGCUACAGCGGAGCCUUUCGUCGCCCUGCGGAGCGAGCGGGUGAUCCUGGCCGCGGCAAAAACGGUGGCGGGCAGUGGGAAAUCGUGGUGGCCGACUCGCUGGAUCUACGCACGGGGUUCUGGGAUGAGAUGGCAGCGAUGGUCGCGAUGGAGAUGCUAGCGCUUCGAGUCAACCCGGAGGGUCGAUGCAACUUUUGUUUUAUGUUGGACUGGCUAUUCAACCUAGUCAAGGAAGGGACGAGUCUUUUUCAGGCGUCAGAUAUCUUCCCUCAUGCCAAGUUCCAUGUGAUCCGAAGACAGUCGUGA